AUGGAUGGAGCUCCAGUGGACUUGUCCUUCAAAAAUAUCAGCAGUCUGACAGAUGCGUGGACAGAGGAACCCAGCAGCGGUCUGCGGCCUUUACAGAGAAAUUCAGAGAUGAAAUACCUAAGCUGCUCCCUGCGUCUCAACAACAACAUCAUCACCGACCUUUAUGACCUCCAGAAGACGGUUUGCCACUUCCUGGCUGAGCCAUCACAUCUGGCCUGGCUGGAUCUGUCCUUUAACAAAAUCACACAUGUAGACCCAGUUUUGGGCGAACUACGAGCACUGCGUGUGUUAUAUCUUCACGGCAACAACAUUUUUAUAAUGUCAGAGGUGGACAGGCUGGGAGUGCUGCCACAUCUACACUCUAUCACUCUACAUGGAAAUGCCAUAGAAACCAACAAGGCUUACAGGAAUCGUGUGAUUUCUGUUUUGCCUCAGUUAAAGAUGAUGGACUUCAGUGCUGUGACACGGCAAGAGAGAGUCUUGGCACAGAUCUGGCAUCACUGCGGCAGAAGCAAUAAGGAGACUCUCAAGCAAUGA